AUGAACUUCUGUGGUCUUUCGCGGCUUCUUCGCGUUAAAGAGAGAUACGAGCUCGACUAUCUGAAGAUACAGAAACGUCGCGCGUUGCGAUACUCUCGUAUGAUCCUACUUCAAAUACAAACAUUAUCUCAUACCAUCUCGCUACCAAGAUAUUGGAAGAGCCCAUACACACCCUCGACAACUCUACUACGAACCAUGUACGAACGACGAUACACGGCGAAUGAGAUCAGUGUGGUGACGUUUGACGUGGCACUGGGUGCUUCGGAAGACACCAUUCGAUAG